UCAGUUUGAAAACGACUUUCGUGCGAGACAGACGUGGGGUAGACUUCAGAGCUGGUUACAAAUUAAUGACACAACUUUGGCGCGACUCCCGCAGACAACAAUCGAAGUGAAAAAAGAGCAAAAAGAAAAACAACCCAAAUUGAAAAGUGCAUGGCAAAUUAAAAGAAAAAGUGGCGUGUGAAGCAACUGCAACUGCAACUGUAACAAGUGCAGCAGAAAAGCUCAUUGUGUUUUUUUAUGCGCGAAGAAUCGUUGAAAAGUUUUGCGACUUUUCAAAAGUGUUACCAAGUGUAACACUGAGAUUUAUAUAGAUACAGAUAUUGUUAUCCGAGAGUUACGAAGCUCAGCAAGUGGACAUGUCUGCGUCUAAAUUAGAGCAGCACUCAAAGCCCAUACUGAGUCCAACACGAUCCCUUGACGAAGGUUUCGAAAGUGAUCCGGAUCGGGUUUCAACUGAUUCAGAGCAUCAAACAAGUGCAACUGCCAACAGCAGUAGCAACAGUCACAACAAUAACAAUGCAAGCAAGUUGGCGCUGCUCAGUUCAGCGGCAACUGGCGGUGCCAGCAGCAAUAAUACUAACAAUAGCAACAACAGCAACAUCAGCAGCAACAACAACAAUAAUAACCUGACCGAGAAGUCAGCAACGCGAGUCGUUGCCGGCGGUGCACUUAGUCUGGCCGCACCGCAGCUACAGCGACGUGAAUAUUACAAGGAGCAAGUGCAUCAUCCACAGCAACAACAACAAUCACAGCAACAUCAACAUCAACAGUCGCAACAGCAGCAACUGAAGCAUCAACAGCAGCAGCAGCAGCAACAACAACAACGCCUGCAGUAUCAGAAGCAACGACAGCCUUUGGUGGCCAGCGCCGCCUCAAGCAUUCAUAAUCAUCGACUGACCAGCGGCGUCACAGUGGGAGCCGGCGCUGCUGCCUCCGCAGCGGCCGGAUAUAGACGCGGACGACGUCUGCACGUGACGCCGCUAGCCCGGAGCGCUCUGCGCUCGCAUUCCGUGGAUGCAAUUGGACGCCAGCGACAUGGCUACGAUCCCAGCAGCCUCAUACUGAAGCACGACGGCAACGGCAAUGUGAGUAGCUGCAGCAGCGCCGGUGUCAUCUCUAGCAACAGCCGUAUGCUCAACUACAAGAGCACGGCGUCCGGAGCAGUGGGUUCCGUGACUGCGGCAUCUGCUGCCGGCGGCCAGGCAGCGCUGCUUGUGCAGCCAAUAUCAAGUGCAACCCUGUCGCCGUUGGUGGCAGUCGGAGUGGACGGAGUUGGUGUGGAGGCUGGCGGGUCAUCGCCAGUGAUUGCAUCCGCCACGCACAGCUUGUACACCUUCUAUCCGGCGGAGGGAAAUCUGCAGGUGUGGCAAACGGAAUGCGGCGAUCUGACCUACAAGUCGUCAAGGAAUAUGCAUCAACUGCACAAGGCGCCGGUGUGUUGGACCCAAUCGAUACCCAGGCAAGCUAGAAGGUAUAUCACACCAGCGGCCGCAGCCACAACAACAACAGGAGCAGUCGCCGCAAAUGGAACGUCAACAGGCGGAACUAGUCUGGCUGUCUAUCCAACGGCCACUGCACAGGUCUAUCGAUCCAACAACGGACUCGACGUCCUUGACUGUGCCGGUCUGGAGCAUCAUAGUGCAGCAAUUGCAACAGCAACGGGCAGCAACUCCAGUGGUAGCGGCUUCUCCCAGCGACUGCGCGAACUAGCCGCCUCAGCCGGACUCCUCUCGUUGAAGCCACGACAGCCGCUGAAGCCCGUGAUCAAGACACGUGGCUCGCCUGGGCCAGAGUUUCCCAAAAAGGUCACGUUCAGCGCCUUUGCCACGGUGCAAGUGGUGUGAUCGUAGAAAUGCCCGUGCCAACUGUGUGGGCGCAGGUACUAUGGCAAGAUAGCGAGUGCCCUGCUUUGUUAAACCAUUAUUGUUGUUAUGUUUACUGUUGUUAAAUGUUUAGCAUUAUAUACUAUGGAUCGGCAUCUGGAAUCUGGACUUGGAAACAUCUCCUUAAGCUUAAUUUAAAUCUGUGCCAUGUCUUUGGCUUGCAACUGUUAUGAAAUAUGUACCAAUAUAUGUAUGCUCCAUAGCUGAAAUACCUCGAAGACCCAACACAUUAAUUAAAGCAUAAAUCUGAAUUUGCUAUUGCAAUCUUUAAACACUGCUAUACACCUGCUUUCUUAAUCUUUUCAAAAUCUUAAUGCUUUUCCU